UAGCUCGCGGCACUCGGGCCCCGCUCGCGCCGCCGUCAGCCGCGCCAGCCGCGACCAUGCGCGGCGACCGCGCCACUCGCGACUCGCGACACAACAAAGAUCACGAUAACUUAAAGUCAUCACUUAAACAAAAGGGGAACAAGUCUAAAAAGCACAGAGUCGUGUUCGACGAGAGCGCUAAUGAGUUCUUCGAGGCGGACUACAUCAUCGUGGUGCGUGAUGAGUGCGGCUACUCCGACGAGGGCGAGGGCGAGGAGUGCGGCGGCUGCGGCGCGUGCCACCAGGAGGCGGACGCGGGCGCGCUCAGCCCGCCGGAGGGGUACAAGGACCUGGGCCUGUUCAACCGCGACGGCACGCUGCGGGAGCAGGCGUGGUGGGAGGCGGGCGACGUGGUGCUGGUGGGCGAGCGCUCGGGCACGGUGUUCACGCCGCAGCACCUGCAGCUGCUGCGCCGCCUGCAGCGCGAGCGCAUGCUGCGGUCCACCAUCUGCGCCGACUGCGACGCGCACGCCGCGCUGCACCAGCCGCUCGACAUCGAGUACAACUACGAGGAGGAAGACUCGAGCGACGUGGACAAGGAGCUGCGGCCGGUGGCGCGGCGCAGCGGCAAGCACAUCGCGGCGGGAGAGGAGCGGCCCCGGACCAACUCCAGCCAGCAGACCACGCCCACUGACGAUAUUUCGCCUGAAAUGUGCAUAGAAGACCAUCAUGUUGAACCACAGCUUGCUCCAGUUACAAGCGAGGAGAGUGACACCGGAGAAAACGAUGGUCGUCUCUCCUUGGAAAACUCGCCUCUUCGACAAAAACGGGGAGGAAUUCUCAAGGGGGGCCGCCUGUGGAAGUCUAUGGAUUCCGAAAGAGACAUCAUAGAACAGAAGGAGGAGUUGCGAGCUACGGGCAGCGACGACGACGGGACGACGGCGCGGUCGGUGCGCUUCGUGGUGGCUCGGGAGGCGUGCGACGGCGAGCCAGCCCCGGCUGAGCCCGAGGCCACCACCCGCCCCGAUACAGAAGCCACUAAAGACGCCAACACUCAAAGGAUAGAAACACCGCCGGUGCCAGCCAGUCAGCUGCCGAAGACCAAUUCGGCUGUUCAGCAACUCUUCAACACCGUGAGGCCGCCACAGACAGCUGUCGAACCUACCCCCAUCACUUCCGAGACAUUAAGGGCUUGGGAUGCCGGUGUCAAGCCGAAGAUGGAGGAAGUAGCCUUACGGAGGGCUGCUGAAAGGAACGCCUUAAGAUGUUCACUACUCAGGAGUGAAGCUCGAAAGAAACAACCAGCUAAGCAUCAAGAAACGACAUCUUUAGCUGAGAGGAUUCGUUUGCUCACGUGCGACGUGGAUGAUGAUGCAGAGGACACGAGGUCUUCUCCAUCCGGAGUUGGCAUGGACAAAACACAAAUCAUCCACCAUGACAAAGGAAUUAUCGAGAAGCCAUACGAGAAACCCUUUGACAAGAACAACGAGAAAGCUUUCGGUAGCGGCUCCACUAGCUCAUCCUCGUCCACAUCAUCAGCGGCUCUGCCCAUCAGACAACAGCUGCCAGACCUUGGGGACGUCCUGCAAGAACCACAAAAGCCUCGGCCGGAGCCGCGGAGACAGUUCUUGUCGACGCUGGCACCCCUGACGGCGUGUGUGGGCAGCAUGGCCCAGCACGAGGGCUUCUACUACAUGCCUCCAGCUGACCGGAACAACCCACAAGCCACCACCCACGUCGACAUCCAGGAGCAUAGCGACGCACCAGCCCCAGAUGUGGUAGCCGGGACACCAGGUGCAGACGACAUGGACGACAGUCUUGCGGCGUUCGCCCGAGCCUCUGCGAUGCGCACGGAGCGACUCCGCCAGAGAUACGGCCAGGAGUCACAGCCGGCCAGCAGCGACGACGAACAUGAUGACUACGGCUUCAACCGUCGUCCGGCCGUCCGAGGCAUAGUAGCCAAGCAGCUCGGCGCCUCAGACGACAUCCUGCAGCAGAUGCAGAGCGACUUGCAGCCCAGCUCGGGGGCGCCGCCCGCCCACGCGUGCCAGCGAGCAAAUACGUACUCCUGGCCCUACUACUCCGAGGCCAACCUCAACAACUCCCGCCCUGUCAGCCGCGCCAGCACUAAUUCUAAUUGGACCAACAAGUCUCCGGACUACGUGUCGGCGCGGCAGUGCAUGACGGCUGCGCAGGCGCAAGCGCACAACGAGGCGUGCUACACGCAUGCGCAGUCCGUCGCCUACGCGCAGUACCAGCAGCGCCAGGAGACCGCCUAUAGGAACUCCUGCUCUAUUUACGCUAAUAUCGGUUGUUCCGACAGCAGUCAAGAGCUCUACAGUUCUCAGACGAGUUCUGAACAGACGUCGCCGGUGCGGUCGUCGUCCCGAUGCCGUCGGCCCGAGUCCCCGCCGCCGAUCCGCACCCAUCACCAGCUGUUGUAUCUGCCGUAUAACGCACACUAUCACUACCAACAAGAGUACAACCAGCAGUGGACCGCGGCGGUCAACGAUUACAACAGACAGCAGCAAGCAUUCUACCAACAGAACUGUGCGGUGGGAGCCACCACCCCGCAGCCGGCCCAGCCCCAGCGGGCAAUGUAUACCUCAGCUUUACAACUGCAGAAUCUGUGUCCUGCGCCGGCGAGGUAUCGAUCAGUACCAGCCGCCCAGCCAGGUGGGGGGAAACAAAUGAUCUGCUACUCUGAAAAGGUGGCUCCUCCGCUGUACCAGCCGGCCCCAGGGUCGCCGUCGCGGGCGCGCGGGGCUCCGGAGGGCGCUCCGGCGACCGCCCAGACCGCCACCUCCCCCGUCGCACCGCCCCCAAACCCUGUCUACUACGCAAUGAAUGUCUGACAAGGCGACUAGGUGAAGAUCAUGGUUGGACCAGCUGGUCAGGUGCGAAUAAUGGUACAACCACCUUCCACUGCCCAGUCAAACCAUAAACCGCCUUAAGAUGCUUCAAAAACACGUCUAUACGUAUUAUAUGGAUAUAGUACGAUUGUACAUAUGUAUAAUAUUAAGAAACGGAUACUACGAAGUUUAGAACCAUUUGCUUCGCAUAUCUUAUGUGAAGAAACCUCUAUGUGUUUCUUAAUGAUACUUAGCAACAACUAUCUUUGCCAGGGUAAUGUAGCGUUGCGCGGGUAGUGUGUGGUAUGCGGUCCUAGUCCUAGUCCAUCUAAAGGCGACCAUGGUGGCCCAAUCACUAGCGCUUCAAAUGUAUCGACGAACACGUCAUCCAUCAAAAUUAUACUUAGUUUAAAAAAACACAUUAUUAUGCUAAUAUUGCUUUGUUGUUCGUAAUGUUUAUUAGCUUAAAAGAGAAAGUAAUAUAGUGUUCGACGUUUGGAAAAAAACGUGAAGGGAAGCUUGAGUUAUACUGUAAAAGCAUAAAUAUCUUUUAAAAACAUCGAAUUAAAAGUGAGUAACACCAAUAGAUGUUGUGUUAUUUGCAUACGAUAUGUACGCAUGCAAUAAAUGCGGGAUGAUAAUGUAUGUUAUGUAAUAUACAUAGUGCCAAAAUAUUGGCAUAGAUUCAAUCAAUUUUACCUAUGUAUAUUAUGCUAGUUAAAAUUAAAUAUUAAUAAUGUACUUAUGAUAUUGUUAUUUUUAAUAGAUCUAUCAUUUAUGUUUAUUAUUUACUUAAUAAUUAAUAGUUUAUGCCAAGUUUAAACUUAGCAAUGUGUUUCUGUAUAGUUUUAUGUGCGUUCAUGUGUUGUCAUUUUUGGCAAGAUAACACAAUACUUAUUAAGAAAAAACAUAUUUCUAUAUAAAUAUAUUAUGAAUAGCAUUUGUAUGUCGUAAUCGGAUUGUACAAUUUUAAUAGCAGCUAUUUGUAAUGUACAAUCUGACUGCGACAUGUAAACUCGUUCGACAAAGUUUAGGCGUAUUUAAGUAUAUAAUGUAAUAUAAAGACCCCAAAAUAAAUUGAUUAAAUAAUGUAUUACAUUUGAAAUAUUAUGUACAUAAAAUGAAGUUACCUAGUUAGAUUGUUACAAAAGUUACUUAAUUGAAUUUAAACUAUAAAAUAGUUACAUUAGGAUUAUAUUUAUUAGAAGCAAACAUGUGUAAGGAUAGUAGUGAAAUUGUAUUAAGUAAGUAUUGUUCUUAUAAAAUAUUCUACAGCUUUAUAAUAAUUGUUUGCCAAAGAUAAUGCCAAAAUUAGUUAUUAGACUUAAAAAAUGACUAAGUAUUCUCAUUUUUUAAAAUCUUAGAUUUACUUAUACCUGCAUAUUUAAGUACUUACUUAUUAUGUUUCACCAUUAUGUUCUAUUUUCCGUGUGACCAAAACGCCUAUAUUAUCGUAUAUCUAAGACAUAUUUAUUAUAUUCUGCUACUUUAUUUUUUCCACUUUUUAAAUCUGCCCACCAAUGUAAUUGGACGUUUGUACUUUGUGUACUAUUGUUUUGUUUUUACGGGCUACGUGUUCCCGGAAUAUUCAUAGCCAGAUUAUUAAAAAUAAUUAAGUAUCAUUUUUUUCCAUCAGUAACUAAUGUUUGCAACAUAAUACAAACAUAUUACUUUGUUUUGAUAAGUAAAGUGUGUACAUUGUGUGUGUUGCAAAGAGUAAACUAAACCGAAGUUUAAGUUGCCGAGUUGCCGACUAUCCUAAAGACAAUUUGGGCACCACCGACGCGUGUUAGGAUGUUACGACAAACAUUAAUGGCAUGUCCCAAUAGGACUAUGCGUUGAAACGGUAGUGCUCGUCUAGUCCCGUUAGUUCAAGAAACUCUUAUGUAAAUUUAACUUCCCCGUAGCAUCAUACCAGAUUCGCAGAGUACCAGAUUCUGAGCAUACUAGACUGGCAUGGAACCAGACUAGGAAAACACCAGAAGUAAAGAUAGCAUAAAUCAGCAUCCUAAAAUAUUAUGCUUCACGCCUUUGUGUGUUUAUUUAGAUAUCUCCACAACAACGUUAACCUUUUUGAACCUUACGCACCUACGUAUCCUCCUUGUGCACUAGCCAACUGGAAAGUCGCGUCAUCCGACUUUGCAAAAUUUUGGCAUUAUUUAAGGUUUUUUUAACGAUUUGUGAAACUGCAGAAUCAUCUAUUUUUCAAGUAUUUUUAUAAUUCAAUUUGUUACGCAAUGGAUCAACAAAAUAACUGCCAAUUUUUUUUCUGCUAUGGCGAGAAAAAUCGAACAACGAAUGCUAUUGAAGGGCGGCACCGACGUAUUAACACUAAAAUCUCACCAAAACCAAAACGCUUUUUCAAUUGAUUAUGCCUAAUCCAGACGCACGCAUAGAGAGGUCUCGGCGAGAGGUUCGUCGAGACUUCUCGCGUUCUCGGUAAACCAUACACACUCAGCGGGGUCUCCUUGUGUUCUUGUGGCUAUCCGGCAGAUGUUAUACCUUUGUGUGCAUUAGCGCGAGAACGAUUGAUAAUGUGAUCUCAUUCUCUUUCUUGCCCGUGAAAUCCCUUUGUCUCGGGCCAAAAGACCUACAUCGAUCGGAGAACACCCGAGCGAGAGAACGAGAACAUGAGAAACUCAUCACACACAGACGAGAACAUUAUCAUCUUGCGUCUCGGGUGUUCUCGGGUCUUCUCGGCGUGAAAAUAAGAAUGAAUGCUUGUUUUUAUCUUGAAAAAUAUUGUGACAAUGAGGAACGAAAUAUCAGUGGGAUUGUGCCUGCAAAGACUGGAUUGGAUACCCUUACUAAGAACCGAUACAAAAUUAAAAACAAAAUCUGCUGUUUUCCUAUUUCAUGCGAUUAUGGUAUGCUCAGAAUCUAGUAUUCUGCGAUUCUGGUAUGAUGCUACGGAGGGAAUUUAACAUUAAAAACAUAGCAAAAUUUAAAAAAACCUCCCUGCCGCUGCCACGAUGUUUUAACGGCAGACUUAAAUGGUCUAAAUCGAAGGAAUUAGGAAUAUUUUUGUUAGUACGAGUAUACGUAGGCCGUGAUCCAGAAAAAAUAUAAAAUAUUUUAACGAUGUUGGUAGAAUAUUUUUAAAAAAUACAAGAGGAUUGUAUUUAUAUUUCACACUUAUUUAGUUUAUCGUCGUAUAGGUACUUACAAUUAUUUAAUAACCUGGUACCAACGAACACGAAUUCUAAAAGUAAUUUUACUUCAUAAAUGGCUGGGUGACGCUUGUAACUUGCAACUACUUACGAAAUGACAUAAGUAUACGCACACGUACUGUAAACAUGGUUAUAAGCUAAUGUUCAGUCCAAGUCAAAAGGUAUUUCAAUGAUGAUGAUUAAAUUAAAUAAUAAUUGUGUAACUA